AUGUCAGGACCUCUCACAUCACAGAAUUCCCCAAUGUUAUCGCCAGAUACAGUUCCAGUCGCUCGUCAUACCUCACAAUCUGAUUAUCGCACGGGGGAUCUGAAACUAGGCCGCAUUGCGGUUCUCGCUGAUUUGGGAAGGUAUCUGCAGGUUCCAUUCAAUUGCCUGGUGAAAUGUGUUGGUGCCGGACCCUCUCAGCCGGAUCUGCAGCGGAUACGCAACAACUUGACAAAGUGCGAGAUUCUCACCGACGACGAGAGUGGCUUGCGAUGGACAGACUUUACCCCACCUGCCACAUCGAAAGAGUCCGAAGAGAAUGCGUUUAAGCCCCUCGGUCGCAUCAUCGCUGAAAUUUUGGCGGAAGUCCCGGAACACGGAGUGUCCUUUGUAGCGAACCCAAAUGAAACACCCCUCUCGCAGCGCAACAAUACUUCCAGGCCUGAUGGAUACCUUGUACGUAGCAACGAAAAAACCGAGCCCAAGAUCCAUUGGUUCGAUAUUGCUGUGCCAUUCGAGUUCAAGAAGGGACGGGAUGUUGAGUCUCUCCAAGAUGACGAACAGAAAAUAAUCUGGAGCCUUCACAAUAUCAUGCGCGAGGAUCCUCUUCGUCGGUUUGCGUUUGGUAUCACAAUCGAGGACACGCAAUUGAGACUGGCUCAGCAAUUGCGCGCUCCUUGCGGUUACAGAACCUAUCAACUUUUUCGAGGUACGCAAACAUAUCGCGUUAGUAAUAUUGAUGGUGUUAUCUCGCUCUUUUACGCUCUUGGAUUUGUGAAAGAGCUCGGAUGGGACCCCACUGUCGAGCGGAUCCUUGAUGGGGAGGUUUUCCAAUACAAGUUCACUUUCGGGGACGAAGUGUUCAUCACGACACGUGAACUUGCAACUUAUGGCGCAGACUCUAUGGUUGGGCGUGGAACUCGUGUGUACGAAGCUAUGGACGCCGAGGGAAAGAAAGUUGCCGUCAAAGAUCCAUGGAGAGACGCUGGACGUCAAUCAGAGGGCGAGAUCCUAAAAAAUAUUUUUGCUUCCUGUGCGAAGAAGCUGCAACCGGAUGAGUUGGCGAAUGCCAAGAGGCACUUCGUUGGAGUCCGGCUUUGGGAGAGUGUCAUGAUCAAUGAUACCCUAGACAUGACGCUGGACCCUACGGUUGCAGAAGAGCCCAAUCGUACCUGGAAGUGGGUGACCAUCAACCCCAAUCCUAACCUCUCCACGAAACCACAUUUAUCUAGCAAAGGCAACGUACCCGACUCUGGUCGGCUGUCUGCCUUUCGUCGCACACAAUUGGACAUUAUUGCGCGACAAGACACUGGCAUCCCACGCAGAGUCCAUACUCGCACUGUCUUCCACGAUGUCGGAGUCGCUCUCAAGGACGUCACCUCUUUGGCCGAUAAUCUGACUUGCUUGUCCGGUGCACUUAUGGGCUUGUAUUAUUUGCACAAAGCAGGCUGGGUUCAUCACGAUUUCAGCGUCGGGAACGCAAUUUGGGCCGAGGGUGAGGGGAAGUUGAGUGACUUCGAGUACGCGAAGGAGAUAGAUUCAGACACUUCUAAUGAUGUUCGAACGGGAACAAUGCAUUUCAUGGCGGUGGAAGUAGAAAUCCAGAGUUACAUUUUCUUCCCACGUGCCGCACGCAAUCUGGACCGACCUUCAUUUCGCAUGAAUUUCCUGCACGACAUCGAAUCCGUAUGGUGGGCUUUUACCUGGAUUUUCCUUUAUUACACGGACACGAAGACGGCGAACGCCGACCAUUCCUUUGAUGCGCAUGCUCAGUUGGAAAGAUACCAUGCGGCCUUCCCUGGUACGGUCGGCCAGACAUCACGCCAUUUUUUCUUCACCCUCACUGGACGAAAGCAGUUUGAGAAUCUCCUUACAAAGACGUGCUUUGAUGUUUGCGGCCCUAGUAUUCCUGAUUUCGCAGACGCUCUCCGACUUGGCUAUGAAAAGGCGGAGGCAGGGUUUCCCUCGCUAGUGCUUGACGAUACUCUUCUGAACGAUAUGCACACAACAGCGGCAGCAUAUCUUAAUGAUGCGCAACGGCGUGCUGGUGGCAUAGAACUUUGUCCGCUCUCCAAUCUCCUGAAGCAGAAGAGGCUUAGACCGGGAGAUGAAACGUCCCCUCCGCCACAAUAUAAAGGGAAGAAGCCGCGACGUGAUUGA